AUGCUGGCUGAGUUAUGGAGCCUGCAAAGGGGCCUUUGUAACUCCAGUCUGCGUUUUGUCUGCCUUUCUUUAGGCUCAAAGAGAGGGCUGAACUCCAGUUUUGAAACCUCUCCUAAGAAAGUGAAGUGGUCCAGCACCGUCACCUCUCCCCGAUUGUCCCUCUUCUCAGAUGGUGACAGUUCUGAGUCUGAAGAUACUCUGAGUUCCUCUGAGAGAUCCAAAGGGUCCGGGAGCAGACCCUCAACCCCCAAAAGCAGCCCUCAGAAGACCAGGAAGAGCCCUCAGAAGACCAGGCAGAGCCCUCAGACACUGAAGCGGAGCCCUCAGAAGACCAGCUGCAGCCCUCAGAAGACCAAGCAGAGCCCUCAGAAGACCAGCUGCAGCCCUCAGACGCUGAAGCGGAGCCCUCAGACACUGAAGCGGAGCCGGGUGACCACCUCACUUGAAGCUUUGCCCACAGGGACAGUGCUGACAGACAAGAGUGGGCGACAGUGGAAGCUGAAGUUCCUCCAGACCAGGGACGACCAGGGCAUUCUCUAUGAAGCUGCACCCACCUCCGCCCUCGCCUGUGACUCAGAACUCCAGAAGCAAAAGUUCUCGCUCAAACUGGAUGCCAAGGAUGGGCGCUUGUUCAAUGAGCAGAACUUCUUCCAGCGGGCCGCCAAGCCUCUGCAAGUCAACAAGUGGAAGAAGCUGUACUCGACCCCACAACUGGCCAUCCCUACCUGCAUGGGUUUCGGUGUUCACCAGGACAAAUACAGGUUCUUGGUGUUACCCAGCCUGGGGAGGAGCCUUCAGUCGGCCCUGGAUGUCAGCCCAGAGCAUGUGCUGUCAGAGAGGUCUGUGCUGCAGGUGGCCUGCCGGCUGCUGGAUGCCCUGGAGUUCCUCCAUGAGAAUGAGUAUGUUCAUGGAAAUGUGACAGCUGAAAAUAUCUUUGUGGAUCCAGAGGACCGGAGUCAGGUGACCUUGGCAGGCUAUGGCUUCGCCUUCCGCUAUUGCCCGAGUGGCAAACACGUGGCCUACGUGGAAGGCAGCAGGAGCCCUCACGAGGGGGACCUUGAGUUCAUUAGCAUGGACCUGCACAAGGGAUGCGGGCCCUCCCGCCGCAGCGACCUCCAGAGCCUGGGCUACUGCAUGCUGAAGUGGCUCUACGGGUUUCUGCCAUGGACAAACUGCCUUCCUAACACUGAGGACAUCAUGAAGCAAAAACAGAAGUUUACUGAUAAGCCGGGGCCCUUUGUGGGACCCUGCGGUCAUUGGAUCAGACCCUCAGAGACCCUGCAGAAUUACCUGAAGGUCGUGAUGGCCCUCAAGUACGAGGAGAAGCCGCCCUACGCCGUGCUGAGGAACAACCUGGAAGCUCUGCUGCAGGAUCUGCGUGUGUCCCCAUAUGACCCCAUUGGCCUCCCGAUGGUGCCCUAGGUGGAAUCCAGAAUUUUCCAUUUGCAGUGUGCAACAGAAAGAAAAAAAAAAUGAAGCAAUGUGACUCAAGGCCUGCUGUUUAAUCACAGAUAAGCUUCUAGAACAAGCCCUGGAAUGUGCAUUCCUGCCACUGGUUUCGGGAUACUCAUCAGUCCUGAUUAGCCUCAGGGAGACGCCCCCGUUUCCCUCCAGUGAAUGUGAAGUUCCCCGUCUGGGUGGCCUGCCCUUCAGCCAGUGUCCUAGCAAAGCUGGAUGGGGUUGGGCCAGCCCCCAGGGGGGACCCCUGCUACCCUUGACACCUCUGUGCUUUGGUAAUAAAUUUUUUACCAGA